GGGUGUGUCCUGAUACGCCUUCGAGUGUACAUAUAUAGCAGGGUAGACAGCAAUAGGAGAAGUCUGUUGAAACACAUCUUCAAUACAUCACGAUGCUGAAGCUCCUGGCUCUUUGUCUUGUGUCUGUGGCUUUGGGCCAGCUUUUUUGUCCUGGUCGCUUGGUCUUGGACAGAGUGAGCGGGUACCGUGUGGAAUAUGAUGACCGUGCGAACGUUGUCCUGCUGAUCAGUGACAGCGAGUGCUAUAUCGUGGAGGCAGCCGAUACCACCUGGGAUGCUCUGGUCCGCAACCACGAUGAACUUCAUGCUGCUGCUCUGGACAUCGUCAAGCUCAUCGACAGCAAGACUGGGGUGACGGCGACUACCUUCCGUGAGAGCGAAACCAAGUACCACAGCCGCCUGGAGGAGUUCCAGUGCGCACCAAGUCCAUCGCCGUCGUCAGCUACACCCCCAGCGCUUCCAGCGCCACCACGCGUGCACCCUGAGCCCUCGUCAGCCCUACACCCUGUCUCUCAGUGGUGUGGUCAGUCCCCGGCUUCCAGAAAUCUUUCGGCGUCUCAACAAAAUAAAAAUAUUUCAGUGAUUUGAGUUCAUAUUCUGUUUGUAUCAACAAGUGUUUGCUGUAUGUCUUUACACCCUAGUAUAAUUUAGGAGACUAUUCAAGAUGAUG